AUGACAUUAAACAAUAUAACAACGACUAAUGGAGAUUGGAAUUCCCCAUACCCACCCAUAAUCCAGACUCUCGGAUGGUUUGUUGCUAGUGCACUUUCAUUGGGAACAAUCCUUGGCAAUGCUCUUGUUUUGUUUGCUUAUAAACUUGAAACUUCCAUUAGCAGACAACUAAACAAUCGUUUUAUCGUCUCGCUGGCUGUCUCCGAUUUAAUUAUUGGCAUUGAAGGCAUUCCAUUCUUCACAGUUUACGUUAUAAAUGGUGAUCUAUGGCCUCUUGGAAGGUUAGCUUGUGAGAUUUGGCUAUUUCUCGAUUAUACUCUCUGUCUAAUUUCCAUUUUAACUGUGCUUCUGAUAACAGUCUGCCACACAGCUUCCUACAUAAAAUGGCAAACACCUAUGCGUAUUCAAAUAUUAAUAUUUGGCUCGUGGAUAUUGCCCAGCCUAGUUUUUGGCCUUAUGAUAUUUGGAUGGCCGUUAAUGGGCAGCAUUGAAGACCAAAUACAAGCAACAUCUAACGGGGAGUGUUACGCUCCUUUUCUCGCUAAUCCAUUUGUAAACAUGAGUAUGUAUUUGGCUUAUUAUUGGACUACAUUGGUAGCUAUGCUAAUUUUAUAUAAGGGAAUUCAUAAAGCAGCAAAAAAGUUGGAAAAACGGAGCAAAGCUAGAGAGCAUAGACACAUUGCCCUUUUGUUAACUCAAAGAUUGGGUACUCAGCUUUCCACAACAACAGAAACAACAGAAAGGAGAAGAAGUUCGUUUGCAAUUCUAGUCAAAGCUUCUCAUCGUUUUCGUGGCCGUGGAUUUAGUGUAUUUAAUUCAAAUGUUAAGGAGGAAAAUACAACAGUAAAUAACAAUAGACGACAUUUAAAAAUUCAAACACCACCUCAGCUUGAACGUCUUUCAGAGGAUAAUAAUAGCUUAGUCAAAACGGCAGUGGAAAUUAAUGCUAAAGAGGAGGAAAGGAAAUUACUAAACAAUAUCGGGGAUGGAGAAGACCAAAUUUACACCGCUCAAUUUUUUGAUGUUGAUGCAGAAGAUAUUGAUGUAUUAGACGAUGUUCCUAAGGAUAUUCGCAUUGGUCGUUUAAUUUCCUUUCCAUACACUUCAUUAUCCACAGAAGUAUUUCAUGAAGAAAGCUUAACUUCACUUUUAAAUUUUUGCCCUUCCAUGGUUGGUGGAAUGACGCCUUCUGAACACUCAAAAUCUUCUUUGGCAUCGGAAAUAAAAAAUAAGGAUAAAAUAAAUUGUUUUAAUUUAGGCCAGACUGAACAACUUUUGAAGGUCGAGAAAAUUAUUUUAUAUUUUUAA